AUGUGGUUUGCGCAGGCGGAAGCGCAAUUCAUCCUCGCCAAUGUAACGAAGGAUGAAACUAAGUUUUAUCAUAUCGUGGCCAAAGUAGACCAGUCAGUAAUUUGCCACAUUGCUGACUUGGUGUCGACUCCUCCAGCUGAUAACAAGUACAAGGCGCUUAAAGAUCGGUUGAUAUCACGAUUCGCCCUCUCCCCGGAGGCGCGGUUGGAACGGCUUCUUGGCUCGACUGAUCUUGGAGACCUGCGGCCGACACAUCUGUUGGCAAAAAUGCAAGAGCUGGCUACUGGACUGAACGUUAAUGACAAUCUCCUCAAAAUGUUGUUCCUGCAGCGCAUGCCGGCAAACGUACGCCCUAUCCUGACCAUCAGUGAUGGCACCCUUUCGAAGUUGGCGGAGAUGGCCGAUAAAAUGAUGGAGUCGCCCAACGUUGCAGCCGUUUCCCCUGCUGCUAUCGGAUCCUCGUCCGGUACUAACGAUCGAAUGGAGUACAUGAAGGAUCAACUGGAGACACUCAGUGCUGAAUUUCGUCGUUUCCGAACCAGCAGUAACGACCGCCGCCGCAGCCGAUCAGCAUCAGCUUCUCGAAUCGCGAACGACGUAUGCUGGUAUCAUCGGAAAUAUGGUCAACAAGCGCAGCGUUGCAAGCAGCCGUGCCGAUAUCAGGAUCCAAAAAACUAA